CGGCGGUAUUUUGAUAUGUUUAGGUUCUGAAGCUGUCUGUUGCUUGAGACACUUGUAGUUUGGGAUUUAAAUUGUUUUCUUUAUUUCCUUUUAUAUAUAAAAUAUUACUUCUUGUUAAGUGAUAUGUGUUAAUAUUGUAUAGUUCACGAUUGUGCCCAAGGAUUUUUCUUAAUUGCAAAAGUUAAUUUUCAAUGAUGUCUGAUUCUGACUGUGAAGAACCUAGGAAUGAAUGUACCCUUUCUUGCAAAGAUUUUGAUUCAGAUGCCUUGAAUCCAUUAGAAGAUGAAAUGAAUGACUAUGGCGAUACUGAUCAAGUACCAUUCAAUGAACUAUUACAAAACCACCAUAAACAGACAGUUUGGGGAUUUAAAUUUGGUGAAGAAAUAAUGAGGAGAGCUAAAGAAAAUAUGAUGGCUGCAAGAAGUAAACAUGGACAAGAUAGGGGUAGAAAUGACAGUGUCUCCUCAGAGACUUGUAUAUCUGAAAAACCAAGUUGCUCAAAAUCAAUAACAGAAAUAAAUCAUAAAACACCACUAUCACAAAAACGACAAAAAGCUAGAUUAAGAAAUAAAAGAAAACGUAUGGCUAGUGCAUUGAUGAAUCAAAAUUCAAGAGAAGCACCAUUACCACUUAUGAAUUGGGCAGAUGCUAAAGAUGUUUGGCUUUUUAUGGUUUAUAAAGAAGAAGCCUCAUUGAAUUUGAGGAACCCUAGGUUAUUUGAAGAUUUUUCUAAUUUCUUACCCCGGAUGAGGGCUAUAUUACUUGACUGGAUAAUGGAAGUUUGUGAGGUUUAUCACUUGCGGAGGGUUACUUAUUAUUUAGGAGUUGAUUACUUUGACAGAUUCUUGUCUAUUCGUCCUGAUGUUCCAAAAAAUCAACUGCAACUUGUAGGAGUUACUUGUUUGUUCUUAGCUGCCAAGCUAGAAGAAAUAUACCCACCCAGGGUGACAGAAUUUUCUUAUGUUUGUGAUGGGGCGUGCAGUCCGGACGAUAUCCUCAAUUGCGAACUGCUUAUAUUAAAUAGUUUGGGAUGGGAUCUGAGUUUGAUGACUCCUAGCGAUUGGCUCAACCUUUAUAUGCAGUUACACUUCAAAGCAGACGAGUUGACUCCCCAAAGGAUACAUAGGGAAAUCAACAAGGAUUUCCUUUUUCCUCAAUAUUCAGGAUUCCAAUUCACAAGGGCAUCCCUAUUAAUUGAUAUGAUGUCUUUAGAUCCAGGUUUCUUGAGGUUCAGUUACAGCACUGUAGCAGCCGCUGCAAUGUAUUUUAUGUAUGGAAAACAGGCUGCCCUCUCUGUUUCCGGUUUGACUUGGGAUCAACUGAAACAUUGUGCUGAAUACAUGGCUGUGUUCUAUCAUGUGCUUCAAAAUUCCAAGGAUACAAGGUUACAAUCCUGUAGCGUUCAUAUAGCUAAUGACGAGCAGUCGCAGCGUUCUUUGGAAAUUUUGAGGAAGUCCUGUAAAACUGUUGUACCUGAUGAAAACCAUUCGCUUCAAACACAUGCCGUUAAUAUGGAUUUCUUUGAACAAUCAGCCAUAAUUAGGAUGGAACAAAUGGGGAAAAAUCCAUCAUUAAUUGUAGAAGACGACUGUCCAGAAAAAAUUGAUAACGGAGUUAGUUUUGAUAAGAUGCUGGAAGAUAUUGUCAUUUCUAAUUCAGUGAACUACCCAGUCCGGCAAGUUAUACUACACAAAGAAGACAACGAAUUGGAAGAAGAAUUAGAAGAGGAAGAAACAGACACAGAUGAUCCGGAAGAUUAGCCAGGAGUAACUGAAUUUGUUGCGUCAAGAUUUUGGCGAAUUCUAAUUGAGUGUUGAGGUAACUAUGUGAUACUUCUACUUACAAACACUAACCAAGACUGCCAGAAUUCAGAGAUAUUUUAUACAUACAUUUUUUGUAUACACAAGUUAAUAUGAAUGUGUUAUCUCUAGAAUGCUUUAGUUAUCGAUGAAAAUAUGGAGGAAUGUUUUUUCUUUGAUUGAAAGAGCGUACAACACAUGGUUUAUUAGUUAAUUUAUUCCUUGAACGACUCAUUGUAUAUUUUUAAUAUAUUGUAAUAUUUGAAAUGUAUAUUAUUUAAAGAGAAUUUUAUAUUAAAACAUUGAAAAUUAGACCGAUUAUGGUUGGUCUUGAAAGCAUAUUUGAUGUGAAAUUAUGCAUCGUUUCUCUUCCAUAUUGAAGAUCCUGUGAUGGAGGAAUCAUUUUUUUGAUUUAAUUUGUUGAACCAUUAAUAUGUUGUACAUUAAUUCAUCCACAUCAUAAAUAUAAUCAAAUAAUUUGCCUUUGGUAAAUCUCAGUGAGUAAAUUGUGGAAAAAUAUAAUUUCACAAUUGGGUGAUAAUGUUUUUUUUUAAUGAAGCAAGUUGUUUUUUAUAGAUAUGAAUUUGUAGCAAUUUGAAUGGAAAUCCUCAUGAAUUGUUGAAUUAUUAUUGUUCUGUUUUAAGAACAUUAACAUUUUUAAAUCCUUGUGCCUUUUAAAUAUAUACCUUUUGAUCUUCAUUCAAAUUGAUGGUUAAUGUGAAUAAUUGAUUCAUCAUAUUGACAUGAAUAUUCAAAUUGUAUAAACUAAUCAAAAUUUUACUAGUACUUGUUUGCUAUUCCUUGUUGCAGUAAAUUUUUUGUUAUUAAUGUAAGGAUAAGUAUAUAUAAAAAAAAUUCCUAAAAACACCAACUGAAAUUUAACUGUAAUGUACAAAUCAACUACCUGCCAAUAAUAUAUCCUGUAACAAUAGUUUGAACCAAAUUGGAGGUCAUAGGUUAAGUAUGUACCAUCUAAGUUCUUUUCUUACGCUUAUAGCUUAAUUUAUAUGUAUUUAAUGUAAGCCAUCUGGGAUGGUCUUUUCUGUGGAGCAUAAAUCGAUCGGUUUUAGGAAUAAGUUUCACAAUUACACUGUAAUAUAUUUGCAAAAUUUCGGUCCUUGUAGAUUUCGAAUGAUUAUGAUCUCUUUUGAUCUUUUUAUAGUGAUAUAAAAAGACUUUUAACACAAAAAAUACCGUUAUGUUUUAAAUUUUUUCUGUUAAAAGUCGAAUAGUUAUAAGACUGUUAGAUAAUUUGGAUUACAUUGUGAUGACCUAAAAAUUUCUUAAUAAAGAUCUCGAAAAUG